AUGGGCAGUGCCAAAGCUUCUCGAGGUAUCAAAAUAUGUUGUGGUGUGGCUGCAAUUUUCAUAGUCAUCGUUGCCAUCGUCUUCCUUAUCUUGGCGCUCACUGUUUUCAAGCCGAAGAACCCAGAAAUCGUGGUUUACCCGCUGGGUCUCGAGGACAUCGGUCUGGGUUUAAGAGGGAUUUUGAACGCGAGCGCGAUAAACGCGACGGUGUCGAUGGUUAUCGCCGUUAACAACCGUAAUUACGGGAGCUUCAAGUUCAAGAACACGACGGGUUUUAUAAACUACCGUGGCGAUAUCGUCGCCACGGUUCCGAUCCAACAAUCGCUGGUUCCCGCCCGUGGGAAGCUCAACAUCAGCACCGUUGCCGAUUUCAUGGUGGACCGUUUGGUUUCGAACGCUACGUUUUGGUCGGAUGUUUUGGCGGGCUCCGUCAACUUCUCGUCGGAUGCGACGGUGCAUGGGAAGGUGACGAUGUUUAACGCUUUGAAGAUUCAUGCAUCGGUUCCAAGUAAAUGUGAUAUCUCGAUUUUUAUCCGUUCUCGAACUGUUCAGUCGAUCUGUAAGACCAAAAUUAAGUUGUAA